UGUGCUCUCGCAACAGCAUCACUCCCACAAACCCAACUAGGCCAUCGCCCGCCCACGGCCGCUCUCUUUCUCCUCCCAUCCACCAUCCGUCCACAUCAUCUCACAAUGGCUGCCUCCAGACUCCUCCGACCGGCUUCUCGCCUGCUGUCAGCUUCGCGCUCAGCACCCGUUUUCCGACCCGCCCUCCGCGCGACGGCGGCUGUCCCAUCGAUCGUGGGGAGGAGGGGAUAUGCAUCGGCAGGUUCCAAAGAGAUGACUGUACGAGAGGCUCUCAAUGAGGCCAUGGCCGAAGAGAUGGAGUCCAAUGAAAAGGUCUUCGUCCUCGGAGAGGAGGUUGCACAGUACAACGGAGCAUACAAGGUCACGAAAGGUCUCCUUGAUCGUUUCGGCGAGAAGAGAGUGAUUGACAGCCCCAUCACCGAGUCUGGUUUUGCUGGACUUACGGUUGGUGCUGCUUUGGCCGGUCUUCACCCUGUCUGCGAGUUCAUGACCUUCAAUUUCGCUAUGCAAGCUAUCGAUCAGAUUAUCAACUCUGCCGCAAAGACACACUACAUGUCCGGAGGUAUCCAGCCCUGCAACAUCACUUUCCGUGGACCAAACGGUUUCGCCGCCGGUGUCGGCGCACAGCACUCGCAGGACUACACCGCAUGGUACGGCAGCAUUCCCGGCUUGAAGGUUGUUGCACCAUACAGCUCCGAAGAUGCCAAGGGUCUGCUAAAGGCCGCUAUCCGCGAUCCUAACCCUGUCGUCGUUUUGGAGAACGAACUUCUCUAUGGCCUUUCCUUCCCAAUGAGCGAGGCGGCCCAAAAGGACGACUUUGUCAUCCCCUUUGGCAAAGCCAAGAUCGAGCGUCCUGGAAAGGAUCUCACCAUCGUAACUCUCUCCCGCUGCGUUGGUCAAUCGCUUGUUGCGGCCGAGCAGCUCAAGCAGAAGUACGGCGUCGAGGCCGAGGUUUUGAACUUGCGCUCUAUCAAGCCAAUGGAUGUCGAGGGUAUCGUCAACUCGGUCAAGAAGACCGGAAACCUCCUUGUCGUCGAAUCUGGUUUCCCCAGCUUCGGUGUCGCCUCGGAGAUUAUGGCUCUUACUUGCGAAUACGCAUUCGAUUACCUCAACUCACCCCCCGCGCGUGUCACUGGUGCUGAAGUGCCAACACCAUAUGCGCAGAAGCUGGAGGAGAUGAGCUUCCCGACUGAGGAGCUCAUCACUCAAUAUGCGGCGAAGCUUUUGAGGGUGUAG